GCGGACGCGGGGGGACUGCUUGUUGCUCUGUGCUUCGUCUUUGCGUGGCGGAUUGGGGGCCGGGGAGAAGGUGGAAAGGUACCCCGCACGCUGCAGAUGCCUGCUAAAGUGGUCUGUGCUUUCAGCUCAGAAGCGAUCCGAGUUGUAGGCCUGUGAAAAUGUUUCCAGCUUGAGCGCUUUUAUAUGUUUACAGUAGUCUCAGUGAAAUGAAUUGUGGGGAGAGGUCACCCAAUUUUAGUCAAAUCGCUGUUCCUUCACCCCUCUCUGUACCAAGAAUCCACUGAAAGCAGCAAGCAAAUUUCCUGAAGUUGCAAGGGGCAGGCGUUACUAGGUUAUUUGAUAACUGACUUGCUGAGCUAGACUAACUUAUAUGUGAUUAAAAUAUUAUCACAAGCCAUAACUGAAAGGAUAUGUAAGAAGAGUUUUGAUGCUUUGAAAGUCGCCUGUGUCAUUUCGCUUGGCAUAGGUCUUUUUUGUUUGCGUAUCUGGAAACACAGGAUUUGACUGGGGUUUUUUUCUGUGUUUUUGCAAAGCUACGUAGAUCAAGUGAGAAACUUACUGCGUGCUCAUACAAUUCACGGUUGUACUUGGCUGUAGGUUAGAGGCUGUCUUCGUCUAUUCUGUGCUGUCUUGGGAUUUUGACAGGAGACUUGUGUUAGCAAUCCAUCACUGGCAAAACAUGUCUCCCUUACAAAUUUAUGGUUUGGAUAUACAGAGUAAGUCAUGUGAAUAAGUGACUCACAGGAGGGUCAGCUAAGGGGCAAGCAAAGAAAUUGCUAAUAUCCUUUCAUCACUGUGUGAAUUGCAGAAAACAACUGUGUUUAAAAAUGAAAAGUGCUACAUUACUACUGAGUCUGUUUUCCACUCCUCAUGUCUCAGGACUUUAGGAACAUUUUAAUUAGGCUGUUAAACUCAGACUAGACCCACGCUUAUUUUAGAGGACACACAAAACAGGUGGGAAAUGUAAAGAAAGGUUUGAGGGGAGGGAAAAGAGUAUCUGUUAGCUAUAUUGUACUUUCCUUUUUUUUUCCACAAUUCAACGUUUCUCUGUAAGCAUUUUUGUGGUGUUCAAAAUCUGUUCUAUGACAGUUUAAAAUUACCUGUUAAUGUAUGCAAACUGAAUUUUAUAGGCCAUAAAAGGAACAAAUAAGCACAGCAUGUUUCUACUAGAUACUUUUGGGUGCUUGGACAGCUAUUGCAUAAAGUCUUGCACAUAUUCUUUAUGAAGGUCCAUUUUCUGUUAUGGCUGUUUUCAGCUCUUUGGAUGGGAGGGAAUGCGGUCUCUCCUUCGGUCCUCCUAGUUUUAAACCCUAUGGAAUGUGUGGCUCUGUUUCCUUUAGUCCAGUGUGUAGUCUUGUUUGAUUCAUUUCUGCUCCUUGUGAGUUCUUGUAUAAAAGUUACCUGGAGAAGAUCAUUGCUAACUGCCAUGAGAAUCUUAUCUGGAAGGAUUUCGGAUCAUGACAGUGAGAGCUGUGGAGGAGAGGGCUGUAAAACUCCAGUUUGCUUGCUGGGAUGGUAAUUAUGCUUUCUUUAUGGAAAUCAGGUGACCAGAUAAGGUCUAACUGGUUUGUUCAUGUAAACUGAACUGUGUACCUGUUGCAUACAUCUGGUAAGUACUUCAGGUUUUUGUGGGGAGAGGGUUUCCCUGCCCCUUGUGUUAAUUACACUUUAAGAGGUACUGCUAUUGCAGUGCAUGGAGUCCUUAGCGGGCAACUUGCACUUCAGACAGCUGUGGCUUUUCUCCCUCAUUAGUCCCAGGAAGCAAGCAGUGAGGUGAAGCUUUAGCUAUGGCAGUGCCAGGGAAAUAAAGCAAACUGGAUUUAUGGCUUGCCCACUUCCCUACCCUCCUUCCCCCCACCCUGCUUUCUAGAAGAGAAACUGAUUUCUGCUUCAGUUAGUCUGUUUUUGUCCAAAUCUGUAUUGCUUGCUGCCCUUACCGCAUCCUUCUGAAGGGCAGGAUUCUAUUUAGAAGUUCAGUAACUUGAGUAAAGCACUGAAAGGCUAAAUGGAGACUUGCUUACUGACUAAGUGAUUAACUUAAGCGUAGAAUUGCAUCAUCACCAUGAUAUCUGGAAAGAAAUGCUGAGCUCAUGCUUGGCGGGAGUUAGUGCUCUUAAUUUCCAUCUAGGCAAUAUCAGGUGGUGGAUUAAGUCAUGCAUGGGUCAUCUCAGCCUUUGAUAUCAUCUGUAUUGAUGUCUUUCUGCCUCCCAACCCCUUUUUCUCUAUUGUAUAGGGUUUUCCCAAUGGGGGAGCACUGUAAGUUGUCUUCGAGUUGUUUUCUACAGUGCCUGUGGGUGUGGAAUGGGGUAUUACAAUCUAAGAGGUUUACUUGAUUUCUCUCUGCCAUCUGUUUUGUGCUUAGGCGACUGCCAGCUGCAAACACCUUGUCGAAUCCAAAAGUGCACCACCGAUUUUGUAUCCUCAACUUCACAUUUAAACUCAGCUCUUGAGGGCUUUGAUUUGGAGUUCUGCAAAGCCUUGCGGGCAUACUCUGCCUGUACCUAUCGCAAUUCUAAAGUAUGCCGUGGAAACCUAGUUUACCAUUCUGCAGUGCUUGGGAUCAGUGACCUCAUGAGCCAGAGAAACUGUUCCAAAGAUGGACCCACAUCCUCCACCAACCCUGAAGUGACCCCUGAUCCCUGCAAUUACAGUGGCCACACAGUAGCCAGAGAACAUCGUGGAGGGGAGAAGUCUCCUACUACUACUUACCUAUUUUGUGGCUUGUUUGGUGAUCCUCACCUGAGGACUUUUAAGGAUCACUUCCAGACAUGCAAAGUGGAAGGUGCUUGGCCCCUCGUAGACAAUAACUACUUGUCAGUGCAAGUGACCAACGUGCCUGUGGUCCCAGGAUCCAGUGCUACUGCUACAAAUAAGAUAACUAUUAUCUUUAAAUCAUAUCAAGACUGUACAGAUCAGAAAGUAUAUCAAGCAGUGACUGAUGACUUGCCUGCAGCUUUUAUUGAUGGUACAACAAGUGGAGGUGAUGGGAACACCAAGAGCUUACGAAUUGUGGAGAAAGUCAGUGGCAAAUACGUCGAAAUGCAUGCCAAGUACAUUGGGACCACAGUGUAUAUACGCCAGCUUGGGCACUACUUAACGUUGGCUAUUCGCAUGCCUCAAGAGUUGGUCAUGGCCUAUGAGGAGAGCCAGGAUCUGCAGCUGUGUGUGAACGGCUGCCCUUCAAGUGAACGCAUUGAUGAUAGUGGCCACUUACCAUUGCCUGUGAUGGGGCAGCUGCUCCCUCAGGGUGGUGCUGCUGCUCAUCCCCAGUCAGUGUACACACUGGAAACUGCCACCACCAAAUGCCAUGAGAAAAUGCUAGUGAAGGACAUCUAUUUUUACUCAUGUGUAUUUGACCUACUCACCACUGGUGAUGCUAACUUCACGGCUGCUGCUCACAGUGCCUUGCAGGAUAUGGAAGCACUGCACCCCAGAAAAGAACACUGGCAUAUCUUUCCCAGCAGUGGAAGUAGUGGUGUGGGCAAGGGUAGCAAAUUCUUUGUCGGUCUUGGACUCAUGCGCUUGAUCCUUGUUGUGUUUUUGUAGUUUUUUUUGUCUAUAACAAAGUUUUGAAAUAUAUAUUGUCAUAAUAUAUUGAGUAAAGAUGAGUAUGUAUUGUAUAUACCAUGUAUAUGAAGGGAUGUUUUAUCUUGGGACACCCACCAGAUUGUACAUACUGUGUUAACUGUUUUCACGUAUGUUUUAUGUGUAGUAUUCUUUGUAUGUAAUUGUUUUGCAGUUGGUGAAAUAUUUUAUAAUGUCCCUGCAUUGGGACUUGAUAGAAAGCACUUUAUUUUUUAUAUAUUAAAUAUUUAUGUGUGUAUCUGAGUAACUGUGUAUUAUACAUAUAAACAUGUGCAUACAAUACAUGGUGCUCCCUCUAAGUACUACUUGGUUUAACUUUUUUUUUAAAACUGGAUUAAUUUGUGGUUUUUUUCCUAUUACUUCUCUUACUCUAGAGGCAGCAUGUCUCUUGUCAUGUAAUGACAUUGGUGAUUUGCUGAGUUCACUAGUUAAAAUGAUUAAGAAUGGAAUUGUAUUCUGUUCCUCAAACAAAUGUCCAUCUCUUCUUUGGAGGGAGAGGGUGAAGUUCUUCCCAUUAGCUCAGAUGACCAUCUUGGAUAACAUGAACCUUCUUUGUAAUCCUGACAUUUCCUAGUUUCAUGGCAGGAAUUUCAAAAGAAGAAGAGGGAAUACGAUGGAGUGAGACUUGCAUAGGUUUACAGAACCAGUGGGAAGAUAAUUUUAAAAGGUAUUAAUGGUCUAGUUGUGUAACCAUGUAGUGUAACUAUUGGAGUUGCCUCUAACCUGGAAGGUUUAAGUUGUUCUCUGAGAUGGACUGGUGAAAUCACAAGCCUAAAUUCUGUGCCUUGCUUAGGUGCUAAUUCUAUCUAUUCAUUCAGAAGGAAGAGGGGAAUGAGGCCACAGUCUCUGACUACUUUUACAGAGGUGCUAGGAGAAUAAUGAUUUGUUGGCCUGUAGGUUGGUUUCACUUAGUGCCCUAAUCUGCUGCAAGAAGUGGAAGCUUUAAUACAUGCUACAAUAAAUCCAGCUCCAAGGUGGGCUUAUUUCACUCUUAAAACUCUUCAUCUGAGACUGAACUGAUACGUUAGAAGUGCUAUCUGACUAAGACUCAAAUAGCACUUGCCUUUGUUAAGCAAACUUGAGCUAGUGUUUGUGUUGGUAGAGGGAGAUGGAGUUUAUUUAUGGAAUGAAAGCUUUACAAAGACACGGCUAGGUUAGGCACUGUUGACUGUUAAGGACAGCUGUAGCCUUCUCAAAGAAACUAAUUAAUUCCCUGUGUGGAUGGGUAACUGCAUAUAGGUGUUAUUCUGGAAAUACUUGUGAUGAAAGUACUCAGCACUGAGUUAAGGCUGAAGCUAAAAAUUUAUUUUAGACUAGACUAUUGGCAGCUUGUUCUGUCUGUGCUGUCUGAUUGGUGCUGUUUCAGAUGAGUUAGAUUUGUGGAUUUAUGAUAUGUCUGAUAAUGUGGCUCCUCGAUUUCACCUGAUGGUAACAGGCUUCUCCCUAUUUUGUGUGGCUGAACUUCCUCAUUAGUGCUCUGAAUUUAAAGUUCUUACGGCUGAAAGCUGAUGGAUGAACCUAGUGUUGCUUGUAGUGGUGCACGUACUUACUGAGCAGGCACUAUAUCUUAUUUAACGUCCUCUGUCUCUGGAUCCUGUAUGUAUAUACAUAUGUAUGCUAUAUAUAUGUAUACUGGCAUUGAGUUGUGAGCCUCUCAGAUAAGUAAUAUUUCAGAAAUGCAGUAAUUCCCCUGAAGAGUUUUCCCCUUUCUUGUUCCUGCUGUGGGAUUUCUUGAGAAAAUGUUAUUUGCACGUGUUCAUUCUUGAAGUCCACCAUCACCAGGAGAGCUUUAGUUAAUGCCAGAUGUGGAUAUUUUGAAGCUAGUGAAUGGUCUCUGGGGAGAACUUAAGCUUUUUUUUCACAGGCCCUUCAAAUGGCUGUCUUUUAGAAGGCUACAGAUAUUUUUUUUUUUUUUUCAUGCUUGGAAACCCCACAAUGUGUCAGUCUUUGCAAAACCUUUUAGAUGUGGUUCAUGAAUAUUCCAGUAAGUAUAUGUUUGUGUAAUAGAGUGUCUGUGCAGUGUGUAAAUACUUUAAAUUAUCGUGAUAGAAGAAUAAAGUUGCCUACCCUGCAGAACAAUGUCUGUAAUGUGGUGUUAGUGACCCCUGGUGGGGUGCAGAGAAAUUGGGGAUGUGGGCCACAUACUGGGCAGGCAAUCUAUAAACAAACCCCCAACUUGUUUCCUAGCCAUCACUUGGUGGGUAGGAAUAUAUUGAGUACAAUUGUUAUACUUCCUUGCAGAUGCUUGUUUCUCCUCUGCUAAGUAAGUUGUGUAGUGAAAUUUAUGACCCACAGCUGCAAACCAGGCCAGUUUAUUGAAGAGACAGUGUAUGGGAAACCAACAGCAGGAACCAUCCCCUGGAGAUCCCACUUGCACAGUUCCUUUGCAGUGUUUGUGGAGAUAUUUAGAAGAGCUUUGACACAGUGAUCUGAUACUGCUGCAUCCAUCUUGAGAGGUGUUAUGGAAAGUCCUCUUUUAAAGUUACUGGAGAACUCUCAGAUCAGAAGAACCCUGGAAGAGAAAAUAACUUGCUGUAAAACUGAAGAAGAGAAUGAGGCAUUGAAAGAAAAAAAUUAUACAGAGGAGUCCGUAAGAUUACAGAACUUUGUAUAACGUAAAGAUCUGCUAAGUAAACAUGGGAGCUGUAAUAUUUCAGCUGCAAGGCUAAUCACACCGUAUGAAGGUAAAUUGAAAGUGCCACAACUUAAAAAAAGUUAUGCCAGAUACAUAGCAGGAAAGAUGGACCUAAUAAACAUGUUUAUUUAAAAAAAAAAAAGUUGUUUUGCUAAGCUUAUGUUACAGCUAGAGUUUGAGGGGUGUGUGGAACAAUCUUAUGUGGUAGUUAGAUCAUUGAAAUGCUUUGUGGAAACGACUGUAGAAAGCAAGGGGAGCUUUAAAAGUCCCUAUGUUCAGUAUAUACAGAAAGUGGCCGUUGUACCUGUAAGAGCGUACUUGCAAGGGUGUUGAUCUACCACCACAAGCUCUGCCAAAGGCAAUAUAGCAUGAUUAUCAGUAUUUCAAUGCAACAGCUACUAAGUUAUUACUGAUGCUGUUGUUGGCCUCUGUCUUAAAAAAGUUGGCUGAUGCCUUGGAUAUUAGUGGUUUAUUCAAAAGGUUUAAGUAUCUUCUAGAGCAUUUCUAACCAGACUAUGUCCUGAUCAUAUGCUAACAGAGCUCUUAACAGCAGCUGAGGAUAGUUCUCUGCAGUUGUGGAGUCUGACAACUUCCCUAGGAAGCCUGUCACAGAACUGAGCAGAGAACCGGGUACCUAAUCCUUCAUUUUGUAUGUACAUAUGGCUCCUGAACAAGGGUAUUAUAGAAUGAAAUAGUAUGCUCAACUGACUGUCAAACCAAAUUUUCUUUUUCUCUUUCUGGAAAACCUGGCUGGAAGAAUAAUCUGCACCUGUUAAGCGGAACACAACCUGAGAGAAUGCAGGGUCUGAGAACAAUCUGGCUUCUGUUCUUGUAGGCAAGUGAGGGCCCCUCAGUAGUGCAUUGCCUUUCAAACUGCUGCUGUGCUGCCAGAAAAUAGAUCCCCAGCUAUUUACAUUCUCUUCCCUUAGCAUUACGGAUACUGUGCAUUUGUUUUAUGGGUUUUGAGGAUGUGCAAGUGGCUACUUACUUACACACACCCUGAAGAGAAGCAAGCAGUGUUGCAAGUUUUGCACUGCCUAAUGAGGGUUUCAUUAGUGGACAUGUUUGGAAAAAGAAACCAAGUGGCUUGUGGCUUUCUUCUCUUUUGACAUACUCAUACCACAGUUUCAAAUCCUGCAUUAAUUUUCUUCGUAUAAGUACAGUUGCAGUGUUUUACACUGAAGUUUUCAUGCUUUGGGUUAUUUUAAUUCCCAUCUGUGUCUUGACAGACAGAAACUGUAUUCCUUUCCACCUUUCUCUACUCCAGCUAUUAAAGACUGCUAUUUAUACAAUGCCUAGACAUGACUUGUAAUGACCUUUUUUUUGGAGGUAUUCUUUGUUGUUUACAAGAUAAGCAUUCUCUGUGUUCUGUGUU